AAAAUGACAGGAGUUUUUGACAGUCUCAGUACAGAUAUGCAUUCGAACCAAAUUACCUCGAGCAAUUACCACAGCUUGCACAAAUCGCAGGAAUCCCCUACUUUACCGGUAUCGACUGCAACGGAUAGCAGCUACUAUAAUAAUCAACCCGGAUCCUGCGCAGGGUCUCCGUACGGACAACUUGGUACUUACCAGUACCACAACAAUGGUAUGAACAGCGUUCAGUACAACACAAAAUCUUACGACCUGGGUUUCAACAACUCUUUCGGCACUUACGGUUCCUACGGGUCCAGCUCUUCUCCCACUCCAACGGACGGAGAAAAAGAGGAAAGUGAACCUGAAAUACGAAUGGUCAACGGAAAGCCAAAGAAGGUUAGAAAGCCUCGAACAAUUUAUUCAAGUUUCCAGCUCGCCGCACUUCAGAGACGCUUUCAGAAAACGCAGUACCUCGCGCUGCCGGAGCGCGCUGAGCUGGCGGCCUCGCUGGGCCUUACACAAACACAGGUCAAAAUCUGGUUUCAGAACCGUCGCUCGAAGUUCAAGAAGUUGUGGAAAAGCGGAGAGAUUCCACCGGAGCAGCACGUGGCCUCCAGUGAAUCUCCACCUCGACACUCUCCCCCUGUAUCCGUGGCCUGGGACUUUCCACAGAAUCAAAGAAUGAACAAUGUAAACUCAAGUUUGCCUCAAAUCAGCAGUGCCCCCAACUCAACUGCGCCUUCCUUUUUGACAAACUAUUCCUGGUACUCGUCAACAAACUCUGCAACGCAUCUACAGCCCAACACGCUGGUACCACAUCACAAUUCAGCUGUGAGUGCCGGGACGAUAUUUUGA